AUGGAAUGUAAUCGUAAAAUAUGUGCGGCUUUAGUUGAUCGUGUAGAUAUUGUUGAACGAGCGGUUAGAUAUUUACAACGCCAGAAUAAAAAAAAUUUUAGUAGUCAGUCAUAUUACGAUGCAUGGGUUAAAAUCUGUCACGUGCUAGAUAGUAUUAAGGAUUUUGCAAAGGAUGUGACGCAGCAAUCAAGUUGGCGACAGUAUGCGAAUGCUAACGUUGUUAGAGAGAAGUUUGAUAGCAUUGUCAGCGAAUUCGAAUCUGUAUGUGGUGAUUUACAACUUACAAUGGCAAUUUAUUCUGGUAAACAAAAAGAACAAGAAUAUGAUGAUAUUAAGGAGGAUCUCAUCAUGAUUGGCAAGUUAAUGGACGAAUUCAGUGGUGACAUGAAUUAUUUUAACGAUGCUCUAUUUACAUUAUCAUAUAAUGUGGAACAACUUAAAAGCAAAUAUCGAAAUCCGGUGGUGGAAAGAGGAAAGAAUAGAACGGUUAUUAAAAAAAUCUAUUGUGGUAUUGAAGUUGCAUGUAAAACGAUACCAUCUGUUGUUGAUGAUCAUACCGCUGAAGCUCAAAAAAUUCAAACCGAAUUGGCUAUACUCAGUUUAUUAGGAAGAUGCGAACACAUCAUUACUUUUUAUGGCCUUUCUGAAGUAGAAAAGGAGAGCGUCGUGAUUUUUGCUUGGGCAACUUACGGAUGUCUGAAAUCUUUUUAUGAAAAAUAUACUCUUAAUUGGGGUCUAAAAUUAAAAAUUACUCAUGAUAUCUUUAAUGGUCUCUUCUUUAUAUAUAAUAAUAAUAUUCUACAUAAUGAAGUUUCGAUUUUGACCAAGAUUAUCUUAAAUAGUUUUGGAAUGCUUCUUUGGGAGCUUUGUCAUCAAAAAAUCCCAUAUGUAAAUAUGUCCAUUUCUGAGAUUAAAGAUCACUUUAAAAACAAAGGAAGAGAAUUUAUACACCUUAGUGAAAGUCAAAUACACAAAGAACUUACAAAAAUCAUCAGACGAGCAUGGCAAGAUGAUCCGGAUAAACGUCCAUCCUAUUUGGAAGUCCGCACAAAACUUAAAGAUUUGUACGAGAAUUAUGCAACUAACGAUACAUCACCGGAGAUUCUUAGUAAAAGAAUGUUAGAUGAUGAAGCUGCAGAUGGAGAUGUUACCGAUGCACAACUUCGUUAUGCAUUUUUGUUAAUAGAGCAGAAAAAUUAUGACGUGAAGGUUGUGUUGGAUUAUAUGACAAGAGCAGCUAAUGCAGGGAAUGCGACUGCUUUAUAUAAUUUGGGUGAUGUUUAUCUAAAUGGAAAAUUAGGAGAACAAAUAGAUAAAGAUAGAGGAAUUGAGUUAAUUAAAUUAGCUGCUUUGAAGGGUUAA